GGCGUAUACGCCUUCUCACAGUAAAACAGUAAUAAAAUUAAAUUCAACUUGCGAAACCCAUAUAAAACACAUUAAGAGCCUAUUUAUUGUAAACAACCGCAGUUUUGUUUAUAACAUUACAAUGCUUGAUGAUCUCGAGUGUAGUCCCGCCUACCCGCAACCAUCCAAUCAGAGCGCUAGCUUUAUCAGGCCACGCCCACCAGCUGCGCUUGCGCUUGGUUCGCGCGCGAGAUUUCGUUUAGUUUUUCAGUUGCCGUCGCGUCGAUCGUUAGUGUGUCACCUGAUGGUUUAUAAAAAUGACGUCAGUGAGUGGUGAAGUGUCGAAUAAGCUGUCGUUUAGUGUUGAGAGGAUAUUGUCGAAGGACGGCGAGGAGGCGGCGGCGGCGCGGCAGGCGGCGUGUGCGCAGUGCGUGUCUCUGUACAAGUGCUGCCGUGAAGAGCCGCCCUGGCUGAGCCUGCAUUACUCGCAUCUGCAUCCAGCGCUCACCGCCACUGCUGCUUCUGUCUACCGGCUGCCAGUCUCCACACCCUCAUCAGCCCCCCGCUGCGACGUCACGUCGACCGGCAAGCGCAAGCGCUCGUGGUCGCGGGCUGUCUUCAGCAACCUGCAGAGGAAGGGGCUCGAGCGACGCUUCCAGAUACAGAAGUACAUUACCAAGCCGGAUAGACGGCAGCUGGCUGCUACGCUGGGGUUGACUGAUGCUCAGGUAAAAGUGUGGUUCCAGAAUCGUCGCAUGAAGUGGCGUCACACGAAGGAGGGGCGCGCGGGGGUGGCGGGGACGGCGCUGCCCAGAGACCCAGACUCGUCCACCAAUGACGACAACGAAGACAUUGACGUUGACACGCUCAGCGAUUGAACUGACCAAUCAGGAGGCUGCUUGGAUUGACUUCGGGACCGUUGAUUGGCUUUUGUUGUUGUAUGGGGUCAAAAGUGAUUGGCGGUUGAUUUGGUACAAGAAUUUGAAGAUAAUG